AUGUGCGUCCGUUGCCGCAUAACUCAUGCAAGUACCACUCAUCCGCUCAUCCGCUCACCCGCCUAUCGUCUCACGCCUCGCCUCCUUGCCGUGCACGCCUCCCACCACCCCCCCUCGCCCGCCCGUCAGGACCUAGCAGAGCAGCUGCGCCUGCCCGACUCGUGCAUCCUGCGCCACUCCCUCUCCCGCACCGACCACACCGCCGCCAUCGUCACUCUGCUGCUCCUGCCGCGCUAUCAGCCCACCUUCCCCAGAAGCUUCCUGGUGCAGGUAGACUCGCGGAUGAGGCGGCACCAGAUACACCUGGAUGCCAGGCUGUACGGGGAGUACUCGCUUGUGGCCAUCACGCAGCUGCUGCCGCCCCUUGCGCCUCCCUCCCUGCCCGCGCCGUUGCCACCGCCCGUUCCGGGCCCACCAGCCCCAGGCAACAGCGGCAGCAGCAGCGGUGGCGGUGGUGGUGGUGGCUACACCACCAGCGAUGCCAGUGGUAACAGCAAUGUCGUUGACAGUGCGAGUGGCAGCAGCAGCAGCAGCAGCAGCAGCAGCAACAGCACGAGCAGCAAAGGAGGAAGCAGCCCUAGCCCGGGGGGGGUAGCCAAUUACAGUGGCUCCAGUAGCAAUAGCCUUGGCUCUGGCACUGCCACGGGAGGGGUGGGCGCACAGGCACAGGCAGGGGGAAACAGUGCAGGGGAGAAUGGGAGCGAGCAGCAGGGGAUGAGUGUGAACAUGGUAGUGCUGCUGGUGGUGGGUGCGGUGGCGGUGACUGCAGUGGGCAAUCCCACGCACGCCCAUCUCUCCCCCUCUCCCACUCCCGUCGUCACACGUGCAGCUGAGGCAGAGGUGGUGAUGAAGGGCAAGGGGUCAAGCAGCGACCUGCUGCACCCAAUCCAUCCUGCAAAUGAGGAUGAGCAUGCGCAUGGGGAUGGGGAUGCCUAUGCGGAUUGCUGCCCCGCGUCAAGCACAGGUGGAUUGACGGCAGGGGCAGCAGGGGCGUACAGGAGGAUGGGUGUAAGCGAGGAUGGAGCGGACACAAGGGCAGAUCCUGGAGACGACCGUGUGCCUGCUGCUGUAUCCGCGACUCCACUGCCCGCUGCAGGGCAGGGUUGCGGGCAGGGCAGCGAGGCCAACAGCGAUGGGGGAGUUGCAGGGGGCAGCGGAAAGGGAGGAUUGGGUGGGCUGUCCGGGGUGAGGGAGUUCUCACUCCAAGAAAUGGCUCUUGCAACCAACAGCUUCCACGAGUCAUCAGUACUGGGCGAGGGAGGCUUCGGCCGAGUCUACCGCGGCACCAUCCCCCCCUCGCCACACUCCACCUCCUCCUCCUCCCCUGCUGCUCCUAUCGAGGUAGCAAUAAAGAGGAUGGACCGGGGCAGGGGGCAGGGCGACAGGGAAUUCCUGGUGGAGGUGGAAGUACUGUCACGCCUGCACCACCGCCACUUAGUUAAGCUUCUAGGCUAUUGCGUGGUACCAGGCGAGCACAUGCUGUGCUACGAGCUACUACCCAACGGCAGCCUGCACUCGUGGCUGCACGGGCCGCACUCCCACGCCGCCUUCCUCGACUGGCCUGCGCGGGUCAGCAUAGCAGUGGGAGCAGCGAGGGGCCUGGCGUAUCUGCACGAGGGGUCGCAGCCGGCCGUGAUUCACCGGGAUGUGAAGCCGUCCAACGUCUUGUUGGAUGCGCGCAUGAGCCCCAAGCUCGCUGACUUUGGGCUCGCCAAGGCGGCGCCGCAGGGGGUGGAUGAGCACGUGUCCACCCGUGUCAUGGGCACCUUUGGGUACGUGGCGCCAGAGUAUGCAAUGACAGGCCAUCUGAUGGUGCCCAGCGACGUGUACAGCUUCGGGGUGGUGCUGCUCGAGCUGCUGUCGGGCCGCAAGGCCGUUGACACCUCCAGGCCGCUCGGCCAGGAAAGCCUCGUGCUCUGGGCCCGUCCUCUCCUCGCCAAGCCAUCCCGCUACCACCACCUGCUGGACCCGCGCCUGCUCGCCUGCCCUUCACCGCCCCCCCCUGCUGCGCUGCACACAGUGGCAGCGCUCGCCCAUGCCUGCGUCCACAGCGACCCCGCCGCCCGCCCCUCCAUGAGCACUGUUGUUGAGCUGCUGCGCCGCGCACAACAGACAAGCAACGCCGACCAGAAGCAACCGUCGUUUGCGUCGCAGCUGUCAAUGGAUACACUGUGCAUGGCGUCGCCCUGUGUGCAAGAGCAGGGCGGGCCGAUCAUGCGUGAUUCCAACCCUGAUUCAAUCCUGGCGCCCCACAGUCCCCGGUGUGACUCCAGCGCACCUGCCCUGCCUGGACUCGCUACGAGCCCACCUGGCAGCGCCAGCACCCUGCCUUGCUUCCCCCCAGGGUCCUCUCUCAUGGAUAGCUCGCAGGUGACUCGCAGCAGGAGCAGCAGAGACAGCAGAAGAGAUCCAUCUGCUGCCAGCAGUCGACGCAACAAUGGCAACCCCCCUGUUGCCAGAAGUAGGAGCAGCAGAAGCAGCAGAAAUAGUGGAACAGGAGUGUGUCCCCUCCCCACUGCUGGGUCUCAGCUUCCGCCUCGAGCUCACUGUGACUUGGGGAGGACACAGCACAGAGACACAGGCACAUUGCUGGAUGGAGCAGAGAUAUCCGAUCCGGAUUUGGAGGAUACUGCCACGUCAGCACCAACGCAUGCCAUGGUGGAGGCUGACCGUGACCUGCACCCUGCAAGCAGUGCACAAAAUGGGGUCCUGGCCGCAGCACCAUUGGCACACUCCCUGGCCGUGGCUGGUGCUACGUCUGCAGCUGAAUUGUCCGCUGCUGGCUCUUGCACUGUGCGUGCAGCUCUACAGGAAAGUCCGGCCAGUGUGAUUGAGUCGGGGCCGCACUUCUCCCCUUACCUCCAUGACCAACCAACCCCCGGCGAAGGGUCCCCCGCGUAG